UCCAAUCAGUGACCAGCAGUGAUUUUACGCACCGAUCCCAGUGGACUGAUAGGAGAGUGUGUUUGUUCACUUGUAUGUCGAGCGGUGACAAAGCUUCUGACUUUUCCUUAUCAUGUGGAUUUACUCUUAAAAUUGGCGCCAGUCUGAAGUUAAACAGGAGAAGAGGCAUUCAGAAGACAAGAGGACACUUCCAUAAGCUCUCGUGUCAUAUGUCAGAUAAAAGUCCUGGCGGUUUGAAUGAGGAUGAGUCCCCUCCAGGAGGUGCUGCUACUGUGCGCUGUGCUGCUGUGCUUCAUCCAGCCCUCGUCUGCUCAGACCCAAGAAGUGGUGGUGUGUUCUGGCACCUGGAACGCUCUGAGCGUGUCAGGAAGUUCAGAAAUGCAGUACAAGUUGAUGAAGGAGAUGUACGAUGGCUGCGAGAUUGUAAUGGGCAAUCUUGAGAUCACCAUGAUGGAGCACUGGAGAGACUUCUCAUUCCUAAAGUCUAUCAGAGAGGUGACAGGCUACAUCCUGAUUGCCAUCAACCAGUUCAGCCGUCUGCCACUGGACCACCUGCGUGUUAUCAGAGGUACAACAUUGUAUGAUGGCCGCUUUGCCUUGGCUGUACUCCUCAAUUAUCAGAAGAAUGGGCGGCAUGGACUACAGGAGCUAGGUCUACCAUGCCUUACAGAGAUAUUGGAGGGAGGGGUCCAGAUUAUACAAAAUAAGUUCCUGAGCUUUGCUCCUCAGGUCAACUGGUUGGACAUAAUGAAGGACCAAACAUCUGAGAUCAUCAUCAACAACAAUGGGCCUCAAAAGUCCUGUGAUGAAAAAUGUGGUGAUGUUCCAUGUUGGGGUCCUGGGGAUGACGCAUGUCAGAUCUUGACCAAGAGUGUGUGUGCCGCCCAGUGUAAUGGCCGCUGUUUUGGACAAAGCCCCAGUGAGUGUUGUCAUAAAGAGUGUGCAGGAGGCUGCAAUGGACCACUAGACACAGACUGCUUUGUUUGCAGCAACUUCAACAACUCAGGCUCAUGUGUGUCCCAGUGUCCACAGACUCUGAUCGACAACAAGCACACAUUCAAACUGGAACCCAACCCUAGUGCCAAAUACCAGUAUGGAUCCAUCUGUGUGGCCCAGUGCCCCACAAACUUUUUUGUGGAUGGCAACUCAUGUGUGAGCACCUGCCCCGCUGAUAAGAUGGAAGUGGAGAAAAAAGGAGUGAAAAGAUGUGAGCCGUGUGGAGGCCUGUGUCCAAAAGCUUGCCAUGGAACAGGAUCUCCCGACAGACAGACUGUAGAUGCCCUGAACAUCGACAGUUUUAUCAACUGCACAAAGAUCCAGGGCAGCCUUCACUUCCUGGUGACCGGGAUCAAAGGUGACGCUUACACAAACAUCCCGGCCCUGGACCCGGAGAAACUACAAGUCUUCAAAACCGUGCGGGAGAUUACAGAUAUUCUCAGUAUCCAGUCGUGGCCUUCAGACAUGCCUGAUCUGUCGGUCUUCUCCAACCUCCAGAUAAUUCAGGGCAGAACACCUUACAGAAGCAUGAGCUCUAAAAGGGGCUACUCUCUUCUGGUGAUGAAGAUUCCCUCUCUGACCUCUCUGGGACUUAGCUCGCUGCGGAGGAUCAAUGACGGCGGCGUCUACAUCACGGGGAACAAGAUGCUGUGCUACCAUAACACCGUCGACUGGACACGACUCUUGGGCAGCAGCGGCUCCCGCCCCCAGCGGCGUCAGAAGCACAUCGACGUCAAGGACAACCGUUCACUGAACCGAUGUGUUGCAGGGGGCCAUGUAUGUGACCCCCAGUGCUCCUCUGAUGGAUGUUGGGGUCCUGGGCCAAACCAAUGUCUGUCCUGCAAGAAUUACAGUAGGGGAGGAACCUGUGUCCCACAGUGCAAGUUCCUCACGGGGGAAAGACGUGAGUUUGCUACUGUGAGAAGCGAGUGUAUGCCCUGCCAUGCGGAGUGUGAGGUUCAGGAGGGGAAGCCAACCUGUACUGGCCCGGGAGCAGACGAGUGUGCGGUUCGAGCGUCCUGAGAAGCCUACCACCUCCUGCUUCACAAAGGAACACGGAAGACCCCAUUUUGUAAAAUAUUUACUCUCAACAUAUUUCUUUACUGUCUUAAAUUGACCACACGUACUGUGUACUACAACAUGUACUACAAACCAUACAGACUAUAUGUACUACACACAGUAGAUCUCCUUUACGGUUUUGCAUACGAUGCCAAAACCAGUCCUGCAUGGAUGUGCGAAGGACUUGUUCAUACAUUUACUCUUAACUCCCCUCGUAGUUUCCUGGAUAUUUGUUUGUAAGCUUGUUCUGUGUUUUGGGGUUAAACACUUUGACGUCGGCCGUGUCUGUGAAGCAGUUAUAAUCAAUGGGUAAAGUAUAUAUACUUCUUAAUGAUCCAUGCCAUAUUGUUACAAGUAGGUGUAACGUGGUGGAGGCCACGUUUCAAUGCUGGAUGCGUGGGCACGCCUGUAUGUGAUAUAACGAGAGACAAUCCUGUCGUAUUAAAAUAAA